GGGGGGAGAGUGAAGCCUCGGGCUCUGGUGCUGGGACCCGCCCUGGUCGGGGUAUCCAGCCCUGGCAGAGCUCGGCACCUGAUUCUCUAUCCCCAGCUGCACCCCUGAGGGGAGGGUUUUCUUUUGUUUUGUCAAAAAAAAGGAUUGUUAACAUUGCAAGGAUGUUAAAUGUCUAAGGGAGGAGAUUUCCCUGCAGCCACAUAGAGCUGCCUGCUGUAUUUUCCCAGCCUGAGCUGCCUGCAGCCUCCCAGCAAUUCCCCUUUGGGUUUGGGAGCCGCCCGCCUUGGUGUCAGGACAGUCUGAGGCUCGCUCAGCACCGGGCGUUGGAGGAGGGAUUCCCGGAUUCCGGGGCUCCGGAAUCUCGGGGUUGGCUGGAGCUUCACGGACCGCCUCGCCGGGGGACCGCCUCGGCGGGGGCGCCGGGUCGGAGCCGCUGCGGGGAGCCCGGGUUGGCGCCUUUCUUUGGGUGUGACCUCUGACCCCCGCCCCCAGCCCCGUCCACCGCUCGGACGCCGGCCCGCGGCGGGUCAGCGCUCGGGCCCGGGGACCCGCCGUCCCGCCGGCGCCAUGCCCAUGGACGUGAAGUGGCCCUUCCCCAGCCGCCAGGGGCUGAGCUGGAUGCUCAGCAGCGCUCUGGUGACGGGGCUGGUGGGCAUCUACAGCCGGGUCUGGACCAAAUACAUGAACAGGCUGCUGGUGCACAACAAGGAGGCCCUGUACGAGGCGAUCGAACAACGUCCACAGGACAAGCCACUCAUCACUGUUGCCAACCAUCAGUCCUGCAUGGAUGACCCACACAUCUGGGGUGUCCUGGAGCUGAAGCACUUGUGGAGAAUUCGGCAGAUGAGAUGGACUCCCUCUGCUGCCGACAUCUGUUUCACCAAAGAAUUGCAUUCACGUUUUUCAGCCUGGGGGAAGUUGGUGGUUCCUGUUAGGGGUGAUGGGGUCUACCAGAAGGGCAUGGACUUCCUGCUGGAUAAACUGAACCACGGGGACUGGGUGCACUUCUUCCCAGAAGGGAAGGUGAACAUGACCCAGGAAUUCAUGAGGCUGAAGUGGGGAAUCGGCAGGCUGAUCUCUGAGUGUUCCCUGAAUCCUAUUAUCAUCCCGCUCUGGCACGUUGGGUAAGUCCAGGGGCCUGGGGGUCUGUGUGACGUCCUCCCCAACAAACCUCCAUACUACCCCCGCAUUGGAAAGAGGAUCACCAUUUACAUCGGGAGACCCUUCACACUCGAGCAGCUGGUGCAGAGGCUGAGGGCCGAGAACCGAUCCCCGGUGGAGAUGCGUAAGGCGCUGACGGACUUCAUCCAGGACGAGAUGUGGAAGCUGAAGGCUCUGGCUGAGGCAGCGCACCAGCGGUAUCACCAGGCCUGCCGGCCGGAGAGACCCUAACCGGACUGGGGGAGCGUAAGCAGAGUGGAGGAGCUGGGGAGCUCCGAGGUGCCGAUCCGGUCAGAUUCCGCUCUGGGCUUUUGUUUCCUUCUGGCGCUUUUCGCCGCUCUCCAGGAAGGAGGGGGAGGAACCCUCGGACUGCACAGCACCGUCGGGGUCGUCAGCUUAAAGCCUCUCCUCCUGCCCCAUUGCCCCGCAGCUCGAUCACAGUGGUGACGGGGCAUUGCCAGCACCUGGCGAACAUUAACCCAGCCACCCCCCUGCUUCUGGUCGCAGAUGGACCGUUCCUGUGAGGUCACACCCCUGCCAGUGAUGUCACCCGCUCUUGUCAAUGACAUCACCUCUCUUCCCACUGAGGCCACGCCCCCACACAUGACAUCACACCUCUACCCAGUGAUGUCACCCACUUUUGUGGUGACAUCAUGUCUCUUCCCAGUGAGGUCACACACACACACAUUUUGUCAGUGACAUCACACCUCUACCCAGUGAUGUCACCCACUUUUGUCUGUGACAUCAUGUCUCUUCCCAGUGAGGCCACACCCCCACCAGUGACAUCACAUCUCCUCCCUGUGAUGUCACUCACUUUUGUCUGUGACAUCAUCUCUCUUCCCAGUGAGGUCAUGCCCCCUCAUUGGUGAGGCCAAGCUCCUCCCAGUGAGGUCACCUCCACGCCCUUCUUGUCUGCCUUAUCAUGUCCGCUCCCAACCCUUCAGCAGCAAGAUCAUGCCCUCCAUGUUGGUGAGGUCAUUCCCGCCUCUGUGAGGAUUCACCCCCAACCAUGACAUCAUUUUCUCUCCCCCUCCUGGUGAGGUCAUGCACCCUCCCAAUUAGGUCAAGGGCCUUGACAGGAGGUCAUGAUCCCAUUAGCGGCGAGGCCCCUCCCAAUGAGGUCAUUGCCAACAAGGUCACGUGCCCCUCAUGGGCAAGGUUAUGACCUCCUCAUCAGUGACAGUGAGGUCAUGCUUCGUUCUGGUCAGGUGACUGCUCUGGUCAAUGAGGCCCCGCCCCUCAGCUGCAAGGCCCCAUCCUCUGUGGCCCUGCCCCUGGCCUCCAGUCCUGCCCUUUGUGGCCCCGCCCUAGCUGCCAGGCCCCGCCUUCUGUGGCCCCGCCCCUCAGCUGCCAGGCUCUGCCCUCUGUGGCCCUGCCCCUCAACAUCGACAUGGGCUGCCAAUACACUGCAGCCAGCAGGGCUGCUGGAAGGGGUUGGGGCUCUGUGCUGCCAGCCACACAAAUAUUGCUCCAGUAACCAUUGCAAUUAUGUCCUUUA